AUGCAGAAGGGGAUCCGGCUGAACGAUGGCCACGUCGCGUCCCUGGGACUGCUGGCGCGCAAGGACGGCACGCGCAAGGGCUACCUGAGCAAGCGGAGUUCGGACAACACAAAAUGGCAAACCAAGUGGUUCGCGCUGCUGCAGAACCUGCUCUUCUACUUCGAGAGCGACUCGAGCUCGCGGCCCUCGGGGCUCUACCUGCUGGAGGGCUGCGUCUGCGACCGCGCGCCCUCCCCCAAGCCUACGCUCUCGGCCAAGGAGCCUCUGGAGAAACAGCACUAUUUCACGGUUAACUUCAGCCACGAGAACCAGAAAGCCUUGGAGCUGAGGACAGAGGACGCCAGGGAUUGUGACGAGUGGGUGGCAGCCAUCGCUCACGCCAGCUACCGGACCCUGGCCACGGAGCACGAGGCAUUGAUGCAGAAGUACUUGCACCUGCUGCAGAUCGUGGAGACUGAGAAGACGGUGGCCAAGCAGCUGCGGCAGCAGAUCGAGGAUGGGGAGAUUGAGAUUGAACGGCUGAAGGCAGAGAUCGCAUCCCUGCUCAAGGACAAUGAGCGCAUCCAGUCCACCCAGACUGUCACACCCAACGACGAAGACAGUGACAUCAAGAAAAUCAAGAAGGUGCAGAGCUUCCUGCGGGGCUGGCUGUGCCGGCGCAAGUGGAAGACCAUCAUCCAGGACUACAUCCGGUCGCCGCACGCCGACAGCAUGCGGAAGAGGAACCAGGUGGUGUUCAGCAUGCUGGAGGCCGAGGCCGAGUACGUGCAGCAGCUGCACAUCCUUGUCAACAACUUCCUGCGCCCACUGCGGAUGGCCGCCAGCUCCAAGAAGCCUCCCAUCACGCACGACGACGUCAGCAGCAUCUUCCUGAACAGCGAGACCAUCAUGUUUUUGCACCAGAUCUUUUACCAAGGCCUGAAGGCCCGCAUCUCCAGCUGGCCCACUCUGGUCCUCGCCGACCUGUUCGACAUCCUGCUGCCCAUGCUCAACAUCUACCAGGAGUUCGUCCGCAACCACCAGUACAGCCUGCAGAUCCUGGCGCACUGCAAGCAGAACCGCGACUUCGACAAGCUGCUGAAGCACUACGAGGCCAAGCCCGACUGCGAGGAGAGGACGCUGGAGACCUUCCUCACCUACCCCAUGUUCCAGAUCCCCAGGUACAUCCUGACGCUGCACGAGCUCCUGGCCCACACCCCUCACGAGCACGUGGAGCGCAACAGCCUGGACUACGCCAAGUCCAAACUGGAGGAGCUGUCCAGGAUAAUGCACGACGAAGUGAGUGAAACAGAGAACAUCCGGAAAAACCUGGCCAUUGAGCGCAUGAUCAUUGAAGGCUGUGAAAUCCUCCUGGACACCAGCCAGACCUUUGUGAGACAAGGCUCCCUCAUCCAGGUUCCCAUGUCUGAAAAGGGCAAGAUCACCAGGGGGCGCCUGGGGUCUCUGUCCCUAAAGAAAGAGGGCGAGCGACAGUGCUUCCUGUUUUCUAAGCAUCUGAUCAUCUGUACCAGAGGCUCUGGUGGGAAGCUUCACCUGACCAAGAAUGGAGUCAUAUCCCUCAUUGACUGCACUUUAUUGGAGGAGCCAGAAAGCACGGAGGAAGAAGCCAAAGGAUCCGGCCAAGACAUAGACCACUUGGAUUUUAAGAUCGGGGUGGAACCAAAGGAUUCCCCGCCCUUCACAGUCAUCCUCGUGGCCUCAUCCAGACAGGAGAAGGCGGCGUGGACCAGUGACAUCAGCCAGUGUGUGGAUAACAUCCGGUGCAAUGGCCUCAUGAUGAACGCAUUUGAGGAAAAUUCCAAGGUCACUGUGCCGCAGAUGAUCAAGUCCGACGCCUCCUUAUAUUGUGAUGACGUGGACAUUCGCUUCAGCAAAACCAUGAACUCCUGCAAAGUGCUGCAGAUCCGGUAUGCCAGCGUGGAGCGGCUGUUGGAGAGGCUGACGGACCUGCGCUUCCUGAGCAUCGACUUCCUCAACACCUUCCUGCACUCCUAUCGCGUCUUCACCACCGCCGUCGUGGUCCUGGACAAGCUCAUCACCAUCUAUAGGAAACCCAUCAGUGCCAUCCCCGCCAGGUCAUUGGAGCUCUUGUUCGCCAGUGGCCAGAACAACAAGCUCCUGUACGGCGACCCCCCCAAGUCGCCACGCGCCACCCGCAAGUUCUCCUCACCCCCACCCCUGUCCAUCACCAAGACGUCAUCCCCGAGCCGCCGGCGGAAGCUCUCCCUAAACAUCCCCAUCAUCACGGGCGGCAAGGCCCUGGACCUGGCCGCCCUCAGCUGCAACUCCAACGGCUACACCAGCAUGUACUCGGCCAUGUCGCCCUUCAGCAAGGCCACGCUGGACACCAGCAAGCUGUACGUGUCCAGCAGCUUCGCCAGCAAGAUUCCAGAUGAGGGCGAUAUGAGCACUGAGAAGCCCGAAGAAUCCUCCGCUCCCAGCAAACAGAGCUCAGAAGUCUCCAUGAGGGAAGAGUCAGAUAACGAUCAAAACCAGAGUGACGAAGGUGACACUGAGACAUCACCAACCAAAUCGCCAACAACACCAAAAUCGGUCAAAAGCAAAAAUUCCUCAGAGUUCCCACUCUUCUCUUAUAACAAUGGAGUUGUCAUGACCUCCUGUCGCGAGCUGGACAGUAACCGCAGCGCCCUGUCAGCAGCCUCCGCCUUUGCUAUAGCAACUGCAGGCGCCAAUGAGGGCGCCCCAAACAAGGAGAAGUACCGGAGGAUGUCCCUGGCUAGCGCAGGCUUUCCCCCCGACCAGAGGAACGGAGACAAGGAGUUUGUGAUCCGCAGAGCGGCCACCAAUCGCGUCCUGAAUGUGCUCCGCCACUGGGUCUCCAAGCACUCUCAGGACUUUGAGACCAACGACGAGCUCAAAUGCAAGGUGAUCAGCUUCCUGGAGGAGGUCAUGCACGACCCGGAGCUCCUGACCCAGGAGCGGAAGGCUGCAGCCAACAUCAUCAGGACUCUGACCCAGGAUGACCCGGGGGACAGCCAGAUCACGCUGGAGGAGCUCACACAGACGGCUGAAGGCGUGAAGGCCGAGCCCUUUGAAAACCACUCAGCCCUGGAGAUCGCGGAGCAGCUGACCCUGUUGGACCACCUGGUCUUCAAGAAGAUCCCUUAUGAGGAGUUCUUCGGACAAGGAUGGAUGAAACUGGAAAAGAAUGAAAGGACCCCUUAUAUCAUGAAAACCACUAAGCAUUUCAAUGAUAUCAGUAACUUGAUUGCUUCAGAAAUCAUCCGCAAUGAGGACAUCAAUGCGAGGGUGAGCGCCAUCGAGAAGUGGGUGGCCGUGGCUGACAUAUGCCGAUGCUUACACAACUACAAUGCUGUUCUGGAGAUCACCUCAUCCAUGAACCGGAGCGCAAUCUUCCGGCUGAAAAAGACAUGGCUCAAAGUCUCUAAGCAGACAAAAACUUUGAUUGAUAAGCUCCAAAAGCUUGUGUCGUCAGAGGGCAGAUUUAAGAAUCUGAGAGAAGCUCUGAAAAAUUGUGACCCACCCUGUGUCCCUUACCUGGGGAUGUACCUCACUGACCUGGCCUUCAUCGAAGAGGGGACGCCCAACUACACGGAGGACGGCCUGGUCAACUUCUCCAAGAUGAGAAUGAUAUCCCAUAUCAUCCGAGAGAUUCGCCAGUUUCAACAAACUGCGUACAAGAUAGAGCACCAGGCAAAGGUAACCCAAUAUUUACUGGACCAAUCUUUUGUAAUGGACGAAGAAAGUCUCUACAAGUGUUCUCUCCAAAUAGAACCAAAACUCCCCACCUGAAGCUGUACCCAGCCCACCGCCAUGGACACAUGCUAUAUGAUAUUGUACAUAGUCGUUUGGUUUCUCUGGGUUUUCUUCUUUAGUAUGUGCUUCUCCAAGAAUACAAAUCCGUUCUUGUUCUUAGAUUCCUGUAGAACCAAAAUAUGAAUCUCUGCACCGGUUAGGACUUGGUCCACGCACCCCAUCCCUCGUUUCCUGCAGUGCCUGUUUCUUUGAAACAAUUGUACUCUUAGUCUGUUCUUCCCAGCCCCUCACUCUCCCCCAAAGGGAAAACAGAAUCCGUGCAUACACGAAUCUUUGGCACCAGUCCUGCUUCUGUCCGUCCCCAGCCCAGGCCCCUGGGUUGAGCUGGCCACACAGCAUCCUCUGGCAUGUUCCAUGUAGCUGUUAUAACAGGG